AUGUCACAAAAACGUACGCAUAAGACGUUAUCAAUCGCGCAAAAACAAAACAUUAUUCUCGCGAUUGAUAAUGGAACAAAAAAAAUUGAUGUGGCAAAACAAUUCGAUGUCGCUCCAUCAACAAUAACAUCAAUUCUCCAGAAAAAAGAGUUUAUAAUGCAAGCAUCAUCUAGUAGUAAACUGAAACGACAGAAACAUGCUGAAUAUCCGAAUCAGUGUUGCCGUCAGAAGUCUCUAAUUUUGUGGAUUACACAAUGCCGUCAAAGUAAUGUUCCCAUUGGUGGAGAGUUAUUGAAAGAAAAAGCGUUGUUUUUUGCCAAAGCUAUGAACAUAAUGGAUUUUAAGGCAAGCAGUGGUUGGCUGGAUCGUUUUAAACACCGACACAAUAUCGCAUUUAAAAAAAUGUGCGGGGAAAGUUCUUCUGUUGAUGAUGACGUAUGUUCUGAAUGGAAGGAAAAGUUAAGUGAUCUGAUAAAAGAUUACGAAGAUAAGGACAUUUUUAAUGCAGAUGAAACUGGGUUAUUCUACAAAUGUUUGCCAGAUCGAACCUAUUGUUUCAAAAAUGAAAAAUGUCAUGGAGACAGUCAAAUAAACAUUGAUUAUCGUUGGGCUACUAUUUGUGAUAGCUCUGAAAAAUCGGGUUCUUUCGAGGAUUACAUUAAUGUUGACAAUGACGUUGCUGUAUCCGGAAUGCUGACAGAUGACGACAUUUUGGAAGAAGUUUUCCCAACAAUUCUGAAAGUGAUGAGGAUGGUGACGCCGAUGGAGAAGAAAUUUUAA